GUUACGGCGCUCCGGCGUCUCGGCGCGCGUUUUAAAACCAGUUUCGGAGAGGCUGCGGGUAAGAUGGGACCUCCCUGCCCAGAGACCCGUGGACACCCCCACAGUGCCCCCUCACCAUCCAAGCGGGUGUUCUCGAUGCCCCCGCCCAGGAAGGCCCCUCUUAACACUCCCAGCACCCCGGCUCUUGAGGACUUCCCUCAGAAUGAUGAUGAAAAGGAGCGUCUGCAGCGGAGGCGCUCCCGGGCCUUGGACCUGCAGUUCAGCACGGAUUCGCCCCGCCUGCUGGCCUCCCCAUCCAGCCGGAGUGUUGACCUUUCAGCUACGAUUCCUAAAUUUACAAACACACAGAUUACAGAGCAUUACUCCACCUGUAUCAAACUAUCCACUGAAAAUAAAAUCACCACCAAGAAUGCGUUUGGCUUGCACUUGAUUGAUUUCAUGUCAGAGAUUCUUAAACAGAAAGACACCGAACUGACCAACUUUAAAGUGGCUGCGGGCACCCUGGACGCCAGCACCAAGAUCUAUGCUGUGCGCGUGGAUGCCGUCCACGCUGAUGUGUACAGAGUCCUUGGGGGACUGGGCAAGGACGCGCCUGCUCCAGAAGUGGAAGAGAGCCACAGUGCAGACGGAAGUGCAGCUGAUCCGGAAACAACCAAAAAGGCUCCAAAGCCAAGGAAGAAGCACUCGCACAGAACCAUUGAGCAGAACGUGAGUGCCCUGAACGUCUGCGAGGCCGAUCAGAAGUGUGAGAUUGACCCCAUGUUUCAGAAGACGGCAGCCUCAUUCGAUGAGUGUAGCACAGCAGGGGUGUUCCUCUCCACCCUCCACUGCCAGGACUACAGAAGUGAGCUGCUUUUUCCUUCCGAUGCCCAGGCCCUCCCCACUGGAGGGCCUUCUGAGAUGCAGGACCUGGGUCGGGUAGAAAUGACAGAUUUGAAAGCGCCCCUGCAGCAGUGUGCGGAAGACCGUCAGAUCUGCCCUUCCCUGGCCGGCUUCCAGUUCACUAAAUGGGACAGUGAAACCCAUAAUGAGUCUGUAUCAGCCCUGGUAGACAAGUUCAAGAAGAAUGACCAGGUAUUUGACAUCAAUGCUGAGGUAGAGGACAGUGAUGGCGGGGACUUCCCUGACGGGCCCCUGGAGGACGACUUCGAUGCCAACGACGAACCUGACCGCACAGCCUCUGGGGAUCACACAGAGCUCAGGAGCUGGAGGGAGCCCAGCCGCGGCCAGAGCUGCCAGGAAGAGAUGAUCCCUCUCGGAGAUGGAGACAUCAGGACCAUGUGCCCCCUUCUCUCCAUGAAGCCUGGAGAAUAUUCCUAUUUCAGCCCCCGCACCAUGUCUCUGUGGGCAGGGCCCGAGCACUGGCGCUUCAGACCCCGACACAAGCAAGAUGCUACCUCAAAAUCAGACAACAGAAAGAAGAGCACAAAGAAAGAAUUUGAAAUCGACUUUGAUGACAACAUUGACUUUGACGAUUAUUUUAGAAAAGUAAAGACUACUACUAUCCUGGCCAAGUCCACUUUGGAGAACCAGAACUGGAGGGCCACCACUCUCCCGACAGACUUCCAUUAUGAGACUGACGAUCUUGUCCGGCUGCACCUCAAACCGGGCACCAGGUUACUUAGGUCAGCCCGAGGCCAGAGGGAGGAGACCGAACAUUAUGAGGAGAUUGGGGACUAUGACUACAACAACCCCAACGACACCUCCAACUUCUGCCCUGGGUUACAGGCUGCUGACAGUGAUUAUGAAGAGUCGGAUGACUUAUUUGUGGGGCCAGUUGGGACCUCUGAGCUCUCAGCUUUUCCUUGCGGUUCACCCAAGGCAACACAGGAAAACAAUGUCAUACCUGAUGUCCAAGGACCAGACAUCACCAGUUACAAGGAGUCAGACCUGGUAGUUGAGCCUCAGAAGGUAAACAGAAUGGAAAUCCAUUAUGCCAAGACGGCCAAAAAGAUGGACAUGAAAAAGCUGAAGCAGAGCAUGUGGCGCCUGCUGACGGAGCUCACGCCAGCCACCGCCGAGGCCAACCACAGUGAGACUGGAAAUGAAGGGGCCCCGGUGGAGGUGGCUGAUGACAAGGCGCUCAGCGGGCUCACCAGGGACCUGCAGAGGAGCCUGCCCCCCACCAUGGCUCAGAACCUGUCUGUACCCCUGGCCUUCGCCUGUCUCCUGCACUUAGCCAAUGAGAAGAAUCUAAAGCUGCACGGAACCAAGGACCUUUCUGAUGUUCUUGUGAUGCAAGGGGAUUGAGUUCGCCGGGAGAAGUCAGCAGAGGGGGCUCGUCACCUCCUCAGUGACAGGACAGCGCCACUCUGGGCGCUACAAUGCGGGGCUCAUGGCAAGGCUGUAGCCAGCUUCCGAGGUGCCCGUGUGUGUGUCACUCUUCCCCUCUGUCCCUCACAGUGGGGGAACCAGCACCCAGAAGCUCCGCCCUCGACUGGAGCUUUCUGCCCGUCUAGGCAGGAGGAGAGGGCGAGGGGUACGUUCCUGUGUCCAUUCUCUGUCCGUGUAUAGUUUUAGUCUCCUAACUUGAUCUAUUUUCCAGACUUUGCUCUUGUAGAAAAUGAGUUCCCAGUAGGUAUUUGUGAUCCUUUAGUAGCUACCUAAUUCAUGUACAUAAAAUACAUCACGUACACUUAUAAAUGUGUAUAUAAUGCUUAAAAAUAAAAUCAUUCUAAAUAACAUGUUGGCAAAA